AUGGAGCUUGACCUGGAGGCGCCCCAAGUUGACGAGGACUCGGAAGACCCGGGAGAAGCGGGAAACCCAGGUGGCCAGGAAGCCGCGGAAAGAAGCCACGCGGCCCCGCCGUCGGACCCCAACUCGACAGCUUCCCCGGCCUCCUCCUCCUCCCCGGGCACCUCCUCCUCGGAAGCCUCCGCGGCUGCCUCCCCCUCGCCCUUGGCCGCUGCCGCCGCCGCCGCCCGAGGCCCCACGGCGCACCAGGAGCAGCAGUGGGGCCCGGAGGCGGCGGAGCGGGGCGGUGGGCACCACGACGACGAGCAGCAGCAGGCGUCUCAACAGGAGCAGCAGGAGCCGCAGCAGCAGCAUGAGCACGAGGAGGCGCACUGCAAUAUCAGUGUGCAGCGCCAGAUGCUGAGCUCCUUGCUGGUUCGCUGGGGCUGGCCGCUGGGCCUCCAGUGCGACCUGCUGCUCUUCUCCACCAACGGCCAAGGCCGCGCCUUCUUCUCCGCCGCCUUCCACCGGGUGGGCCCGCCGCUCCUCAUCGAGCACCUGGGGUUGGCGGCCGGGGGCGCCCAGCAGGACCUGCGCCUCUGUGUGGGCUGCGGCUGGGUCCGGGGGCGCCGGCUGGGUCGCCUUAGGGGGGGAGCUGCGGCGGCCGCGGCUGCGGCUGCGGCGGCGGCGGCGGCGGCGGGAGGAGGCUGUUACCGGCCGGGUGACCAGGGCAGACUCCCUGGAGAAGUAGCAACUGGGUUAGACUUUAAAGAAUGGGAAAGAAUUCAGCGGGGUGUAGGGCACCUCUUCGGUGGAAGGGGAGGGAACGUCGGGAAUGAAGAAGACGAGGCAGGCAGGAACAGCUCCCCUGCUGCCUGGGCGGGCGGGCCGGGGCAGAAGGGAGGCGGGAGGAGGUACGAAGCUGGGCCCUGUUGGGCGGGGCUGGCCAAGCCAGGAGCGCGCCAGCCCUCAGGUGAGAUUGGGUGA